ACUGUAGACUGCCAUUCAACUCCCUCAGCUCUAAGGGUGGUUAGUUUCAUUAUUGAGCAAACAUACUUGUUCAAACAGUGACUCGCCAGCUCCAGGCAUUGAAUAUGCACGGAAUAAAAGAUGCAGAUCUCCCUGGCCAUUCACCAACAUCCUGCUUUCAAGGAUGUAUUAAUGUGGGCAUGCUGUCAAGUUGACCAUCACGUCUAUACCUCUAGGGAAACAUGGCGGGAGCAACGAGUGUCACUUUAUUUCUACCUUUUGUUUUGGUAGCCGUCACUCUAGGGUCCACUGGAGCCCCAAACUUGUCUUCAUCGAAGGCUACCAACAAGUCUACCCCAACAUUGUCUAGCAUCACCACAGUGGUCCCUGCCUCAAAAGCCAGUAUAACAAGUCUCAUAGUCAGUAAAACACUUGAUUCAGCUCCUACUGGUAACACUGAAGUCCCAUUGGAAUCAUCACCGACAACUGAGCGCUCCCAAUCCUCUCAGACACUGACUCCAUCAAAAGCAUCCGAUGGUAGCACCACCUCUACAGGUUUUACAGCUGACACUUCUACAAAUCAGACCCAAACUGGAACAACUUCUCAUGACUCCACAUCCUCAAACUUCUCGUCAACUUUGUCACCAAACUCUGAUUUUACCACAGGGAACAUGAGCUCAAGCACAGCUUUACAAAGUGAUGGGAGCCAUGACUUAUCAAGGAGUCCGGGUCUUGUAGCAGUCCUAUGCAUAUUUUGCAUCUGUCUGGGUCUUCUACUGGCUGUUGGGAUUGCAAAGUUCAUUAAUUCCAGAGGUUCAAAGUUUGAGAGGCUCGAAGAUGUGCCAAUGGGCAAGAUGAAUGAAGAGUCUCCAUUUGCCCGUUCUCCAACAAAACAAUUCUGAAAGAUAACACAUCAUGAGACAAAGCCAUUGACCCAGAACUGAUAGAAUGUAAAUCAGUCUUUUGUUUGGGUUCAGAUGGUGCCGUUCAUGACAUGUCAUCCACCAUCAUGUUUUUUUCCUGUCUUUGUUUGUUUUGUCUGGCUGCUGGAAAGUGACAAAUGUUUGAAAGAAAUCAGUAUAGCCCAAGGCUACAAUCAACCCUGUGAUGUAGUACAGAAUAUCUACUCUGAGGUUGGUCAGCAGCAUACUAAAGUUGAUCAUUGGCCCAAGGUGAAGUACUAUUCAUUCACAGAUGGAUGGAUGCGUCAAGAACCAUAAUGUAGAAGAUGCACAGACAAUGGCUGCGCUUACACAGGCAGCCCAAUUCUGCACUUUUGUCCAAUUAUUGCAAAAAGAUCUGAUCUGAUCUGAUUGGUCAAAAGCCCAAUUAUUGGCAAAUGUACAGAAUUGGGUUAUCUGGAAUUCUACGUCUGGUAGAAAUGUGUUUGGAUAAGGAAAGUUUCCUGAGAGAAACUCAAAAAUGUUUAUUGCCUAUUGCACAUUGUUUAUUGCAUAUUGCCCGAUGAUCUUCUGAACUUCCCAAUACCUUUUUGAUGCAUUUCAGUCACUUCAAACCAUACUUCCAUCACAUUUGAAUAAUGUCAAAAGUACUGUCCAACUGAUUUGUAAUAGACUGUCAUAGCUCCAAUUUAAAAAGUAAACAUUAGCUGUUGAUUACAUCACUUUUUUUUAUCUAAUGGGGUUAGCAGCCUAAAAACUUUGGGAAACCAUACUCUACCCGCUGUUGGUUCUUUUGACUUUAGGAAUGCCAGACAAUAUAUCCGCAGGAAAGUAUAAUCCAAUAAAGUUACCAAAGCACUGGUAGUGCGUUCCGAUUUCUAUCACCUGAAGCAUGCACCGAACUAUGUAAACGCGUGCAUGAGCUUGGCAAGUAUCAUGCCUGUAUUUGCAUCUUGUGGCAUGCUUCAAGUGAUUAUAGAAUACUUAACGCUCUACCAGCGCUUUGAAACGUUUAUUUAAUUAUACUUUACUGUGGAUGUCUCACAGUCCUACCUGCAAAAAGAUGCAUGGACAACCGGUAAAGUAUUUAAAAAUAAACCGUUUACUCCAAACAGAAGACGCAAACGAUAGUUUCUAUUGGACAAUUCGGGUAUUCGUUUCGUUCCUUUUGCACUGUUUGCUUCCGUUUUGUUUUAAAUGUUAAACUGUUUCUAUAAUGAAUACGCCCCUGUGUAAAUGCAGCCAAUGUGUCAGGUAUCAUUAGAAAUAAAGCUGCUCCAAAUUC